UUCACAUUACACUUGACAGUAAAAAUCACAAUUUGUUAAUUAUUAGGUACGAGUAGAAAAGUAUUCGCGACGUGGAAAGUUUGUCUUGUGAGUCUGUAAUUUGAUGGAAUCACAUUUUCUGUGUACCACAUGAAACGCGAUGGCGUCAUCAAGAUUAUUUCAUUCCAAAUGGAUCGUAUUUGGUUUGAAAAUCAUUAUCAUAUCUUGCUCAUUAGUCAUCUGCCAAGAUACAUUAGUGAGCAUUGAAGAAGUGACGAAGAAUUGCGGAGAUUAUAAUAUUGAUUUAUCAUGCAAUAUCACACGACAAGGAAAUAAGUCGUAUUGGUAUCGUUUAUCAGUGGAACAAUUGGAAAAAAUACCCCAUAAUUCAUUAGAUGAUUUCUUUAAAUACCGAGUAAAGAACACUUUAUAUGCGGAUCAGAAAAAUAAACUUCUACUGUACCGUCUAACAGUGAAUGAUACCGGAAUGUAUUCGUGCUUGGAUUGGUCAAAAGAAACUGGGAUACGAGUGAUUCGCCGCAUUCGAUUACAAGUCAAAUGCAAAGGUGAUGAAAACAAAAAUGAUGUAAAACAGUACGUGGAAAAAAUCCAAGAUGCCUUGGCACCACCUUAUGUAUUGUUGAAGCAGGUUCAAAUGGUGGCAUUUACAUACGGUCUAUACUUAUUGACUUUCACCAGAGGUUAAGUACCUAUGCUUACCUACAUAAGUACGAAAUAA